AUGGAGAGGUGUCCAUUGUGUGAUAAUCAAACUGGUAAUGUCAUCAGACUCGAUCUUCGUGGCCCUUCCAAUCACAAUGCAUCUAUUUCUAUUGCGCCACUGAUAGGUAAGCUAAGUCAUGCCUUGCAAGAGUUGAAGCAACUAAAGUUUUUGGAUCUUAGUUACAAUCAAAUUUCAGGAGGCAUACCAGACUUUCUUGGUUCUCUGAUGCCUCCUAAUCUUGGUAGUCUUUCUAGCUUAAACAGCCUUGAUCUAAGCCAUAAUAGUUUCCUAUCUGUGAAUAACCUCGAGUGGGUUUCGCGUCUUCAUCAGUUGAGAUACCUAGCCAUAAGUUAUGUUAACACAAGUAAAGCAACUGAUUGGUUAGAAUCAGUGCUCAAGCUUCCCUCCCUUCAAGUCUUGAGCUUGGCUAGUUCUAUGCUUCCUGCCGUGUUUCCUUCACUAUUUAACUCAAGCAAUCUGACUCACCUUGAUCUCUCUGGUAAUGCUUUACAUGGUCCAAUUCCUGAUGCUUUAUGGAAUAUGAAAUCCCUACAACACCUAAAUCUAUCUCGUAAUGCACUUGGAGGUGGUUUCCCUAGAUGCCUUGGUAACAGUAGUAAUUUAAAGUUUUUACGAUUGGCUUCUAACAAUCUAGACGGAAAGCUACCUGAGAUAAUGAAAAACUUGUCAUGCAUGUCGGUUCUCUAG